AUGCAGCUUUUACGAGAGGCUCACAAGAGCAGUUUCCGGUUGACGUUCCCACGCCUACGGGGCUGGGCGGGCUCAGCCAAUCGAGUGUGGACGUGUUUGCACUUGGAGACGUUUCCAGGUGAUGACUACGAAGACUUGGACGAGCUCGAAAGUGCAUCAUCCCCAGUCUUUGCUCGCCUUGUGUUGCAGCAGCUACUGCAGCUACUGCACAAUGCGUUCCAGAGCGACAUGGCUGCCAUGGAGAACGGGCGAAAGAUGGGCCAAGAGAUCUUGAAGCUGUUGCAGCAGGCGGAGGACCUGGAUGAGCCUCUGGAGGAGCCUGCGCCGCUGAAAGUCUCGCGGACAAGUCGAAGGAAGACUCGCCAUCGAGACGACUUCACUGACACGUCAUCUAGGGGUGGCAACCCGAGACUUUGCUGCAACUUCAUCCUGGCGAUGGGGAGAGAGUACGUUCCCACCAUCAUUGGACGAGGCGGUGCCAACACAAAGUCAAUCCAUGAAGAGACAGGCUGCAAGGUGCGAGUGCGUGGCCGCGGAUCCGGGCAUUUGGAGCAGCAGAGCAACGAGGAGGCACCCACGAAUCUAAUGCUGGCGGUCACUGCUGAGCCAGGGAACAAGGAAGGCUUCAUCCAGGCCGUCGCCAAGAGCCUUCUCCUGCUUUGGAACGUGGACGAGCGGUAUCAGCAGGACUGCCGCCGGUGCGGUGUUCGUCCUUCUUCCCCGAGCUUUUACAUCAGCGUGGAGAACGAAGAUGUGAAGAUGGAGCUGGCUGAGGUUUUCGGCAAGGAGUUUACGACGUUGAUCGCCCCUGGCUCUUUAGCCACAAGAUCUUGCAGGACGAAGGUUUAA